AUGCUUCCGCGGCUCUGCUGGCGGGCGGCCCUCGGGCUGCUGCCAUUAUUACUCGCGCCCUUUGCACAUGCUGCGCCUACAGAAAUUCCAUCUGCGGCGUCGUUCUACGUCCCCACAUUGCCAGAUCUGCACCAAGACCCAAAUCGCCCUCUACGCAUUUACGCCGGUCACUUGCCCGCAGACCCCAACGCAGCCACCACACCGGCAACAACUCUCACCGCGCACCUCUACUUUGUGCUCAUCAAGGCUCGCAAGUUAGCGGACAAGGAGCGUGUGCUCUUCUGGUUCAACGGCGGACCGGGAUGUUCCUCUUUUGACGGGCUUAUGAUGGAGGUUGGGCCGUGGAGGAUGCAUGAGGAUGGACAACUAUACGUCGAGGAAGGUGGCUGGGAGGAGUAUACCAACAUCGUAUAUGUUGACCAACCCGUCGGUACUGGAUUCUCGUACGCCAGUACAGAUCGCUAUGUGCACGAGCUAUCAGAUGCCGCUUCUGAGCUCAUCGAGUUCAUGCGCAAUUUCUACAAGGUGUUUCCCGAAUACCAAGGCAUGGACACGUAUCUUGGAGGCGAGAGCUUCGCCGGCCAAUACAUUCCCUACUUCACCGAUGCAAUCCUCGACUCUACGCUCGGGGUCCCGCUCAAAGGCUCCAUGAUCGGAAAUGGGUGGAUUGAUGCCAUGCACCAGUACCCCGCCUACCUACAAUAUGCCGUCAAACACGGGCUCGUCGAAGAAGGCAGCAAACAGUACCAAACGGGCAAGAAAGCUACGGACGAAUGCAUGGCGAUCCUUGAAUCUGGUUCGCCCUCUCACGUGCCCGUACACGUCGAUAUCUGCGAGCAGCUUCUUGGAAAGGUGUCUGGGAUGGGAGAAGGCCGUACCACGGGCAAGUGCUUGAAUAUGUACGAUGUCCGACUCCAGGACUCGUAUCCGGAGUGUGGUAUGAACUGGCCACCACCGUUGCACAAUAUCACAGCGUAUCUGCGCCGUAAGGAGGUCGUCGCCGCCCUGCAUGCAGAGAGCAAGGCAGAAGCAUGGACGGAAUGCAACGGGCCCGUACACACCGCUCUCACGAUGCGCCGCUCGAACAGCAGUGUGACUGUACUACCUCGCGUUCUUGCACGCGUACCAGUCCUCAUCUUUGCCGGCGACCAAGACCUGAUCUGCAACUACGUCGGUCUCGAGAAUAUGAUUCAAGGCCUCACAUGGAACGGCGCCACCGGCCUUGGGACAGUCGAAACGCAGACGUGGUCUGUUGACGGCAAAGCGGCCGGUACAUGGGUCUCCGCGCGCAAUCUCACCUACGUCAAGAUCUUCAACGCCUCCCACAUGGUCGGCUUCGACGCGCCGAUCGUUUCGCACGAUAUGCUCUUGCGCUUCAUCGGUGCCAACUUGACCGCUCUUGCGGACGGCGCAGCGCGCAUCCCUUCAUCGCUGGGCUCGAACUCGCGUCCUUUGCUAGGAGAAGCUGCGUCAGAUCGAACAGCGGAGAAAGGCGCAUCUGGUGCGCCUGCGACGACACCGGAACAGGACAAGGCGCGCUGGGAGGCGUACUAUAACGCAGGAAGCGCGGCGCUAGUGCUCGUACUGGUCAUUCUGGCUGUCGGCACAUUCUUUUGGUGUCGUGUUCGCCGCCGCCGUAGCGCCGGAGUCGCACUAUCACAGCGCGCAGGCGAGGAGGAAGAGGCUAUUCCUCUUACGCGCUCGAAUCCGGACUUCUCGCGUUCGCAGGUUGACCUGCACGGCAACGGCAACGGCUAUGAUAACCUGCAGCCACGCAGUCUGGGGAAGGGGAAGGGCCGUGCGUUGCGUAGCCCGAGUCCAAGCCCUGCGGAGCAGCUCUUUGACGUGGGCGACAGCGAGGAUGAGGAGGAAAAGAGCAGGUAG